UUUCCUUUAAUUGCCGUCACCUGUUGGUCGCCACCGCACAUAAACACAUGUGAAGAAGAGGAUCGCCUUCAUCAGCCGGGAGAAUGGCCUCAGUCAGGGAGAGAGUCGCUGCCUUGAACCUUGCAGAGAAGUUGUGUGUGCGUCCUGCAGCAUAUGGAGUGGUUAGUAAGCCAGCCCAGUCUCCGUCCUUCUGGAGUGGCCUCAUCUCCCAUCUCAGGUCUGCGGUGAAGGUGGAGCAUCGACGAGUCCUCUUCAAGUCCCACAGUGACUGUUUCCUCGGUUCAGAGGCUGUGGAUGUGCUGGCAGAUCAUAUCACCCAUGUCAAGGGCUUGGAAGGUGCUGAUAUUUCACGAAGGGCAGUGCUGUCCAUGUGCCAGGUCCUGUUAGACUGUCAGGUGUUUGAGGCAGUGGGGACCAAAGUGUUUGGGAAGAUAAAGAAACAGAAUGUGUUUCAAGACAGCAAGAGCGCACUCUACAGGUUCCUGAACACACACACCCCUUCAGUUGAUGAGCUGGAGAGGGGUGUGCUCACACAUGGACUCCAGAAACUCCUCUCUGGUGUUCCCUCAGACAGGCAGGAACAGCAGGUGCUUCCUAAGUGUUCACAUGUUCAGAUGUGCACCCCUGUCAGAUCCACUCAGAUGGGGAUUACAGCAAAGGCCAACCAACUGGAGGCUCUUGGCAACAUCAGCCAGUCGUCGGAAACCCUUGUUGAGAGUCUGAGUCCCAGCAGGUUAAAGACAGAUUCCACAUUACCACAAUCAUUGGUAGACGAGGUGUGGCAGCAGCAGACCCUGCUCAGGCUGCUGAAGCUGGUGGAGCUCCCCCUGCUGGAUGGAGUGCUUCAGUGCAGCCAGGCCUCCUCCUCCUCCUCCUCGUCUCCCUCCCCUCCUCACAACAACCCAGAUCUGAUCUACAGCAGCAACCACCUGGACAGGCAGAUCCUCAAAGUGUUCAGGGACUCUCAGGAAGACGAGUGGCUCUGUGCAGCUCUCGACUGUCUGGAUUUCCUGCCUGAUCAGCCAGUGGUGGAGAUGAGCAGGGAGCUGCCCCACUUUUUCCCUGAAGAUCAGAGUAGCUGUGAUCACAUGACCACUGGCCAUGGUGCCCAAGAUGGAGGCCGUGGUGGUGGUGACCAUCCAGGCCUCCUCCCAAGCAGUUUGGCCCAGUGUAAGAUGCUGCUGUACAGGACCUUGGCUACACACUACAGCCAGUCGGACAGAGCUCCACUGCUGCCCCAGCACAUGACUGACGUGUACACAGCCAUCACCGACAUGCUGGUGAAUGGCAAACCAGACAAGGCUCUGGAGGCUCUGCAGCUGUGUCUGAAGCUACUGCCCCCUAGCUGCAGAGAGGAACUGCACAGGCUGCUGACUUUCGUGGCUUUAGCUGCCAACCCGCACGGGAUAAAACUGGACAAAGAGAUGGAGAACAGAUGGGCAGUGAAGAAGUCUUUCUCCAGGGCGAUCCUCCACAGCCGGACUCUCUCCAAGGAGAAAGAGGACCUGAUGAUGGUCUUCAUGCUCAGCAACACACAGGAACUCUUCAAGAUACCAGGAGCUCUCCACAAAGCGGUGAGUGACGUGCUGGCCAGCGUCGUAGAUAAGAGCCAUCGAGAUGUACCGGGCUUGACUUUCUGUCAGCAGGUCAGCAGCGGGACUUUGGCUGGCUUUUCAAAGACGACCACCAACCAAGAGCUGAGGGCUCUGCUGCAGAGCAUCCACUUAGACCCCAAGAUCUCAGCCAAGCAGAGGAAGCGCCUGCUGGGACAGUUUUACCAAGCCCACCCGGAGAUAUUUCAUCAGUAUUGGGGUGACUCUGCUGUCAGUGUGCUGUAGCUGCAUAUAGCCAAAGUAGUUUUCUGUAUGUUGUUUGUGCUGUGCUCUACAAACUGUUUUAUCUGUGUCUCGAGGCUGUCACUUUUGCACUUUUGCAUCUUUGAAUAUUUUAUCAGCCAGGCACAAGCUACUCAGAAUGAUGAUUUUUGUGCUGUAGAGAGGAGUGUUUUCUCUUGUAUGUGUGUUUACUUUAUUAAUAAGUGAAAUCUAAAUAAACUAAUGCAGCAGUCA